GAGACUUAAAAUGCUGAAUCAGCAUUAAACACUAAAGAUAAGUGGGCGUGGCCUGUGCUUUCGUACUAAAGUCACUAUGGCUGAUGCAGAUGAUGUUGUAGACAGUUUUGCAAGCCCUUCUAGCCAAAGAAGAGCAACAAUAAAACAUCCUAUAGCGGCUUUCUUCCACGUGUUCUUCAGAGUGACAGCACUGUUGGUAUACAUUCUUGCGUCAACACUCAUCGGAGAUGCGUAUUUCGUUCACAUAUUCCUGACGAUUGUGCUCCUACUAGCGGUGGACUUUUGGACGGUUAAGAACGUGACAGGGAGGUUACUGGUGGGCCUGCGAUGGUGGAACAAAGUGGACGACGACGGGACAAGCACUUGGAUGUUUGAGUCCAAGAAGAAAUUGAAGACAUCUCAGCCAGAAGCAGUUUUGUUUUGGGGAGGUCUGUUCCUUUGUCCCUUGUUUUGGAUACUGUUCUUCUUCACAUCUCUGUUAAGAUUCAGCUGGGGGUGGGGGAUCAUCCCCGUGAUUGGAAUGGCAUUGAACGGUGCUAAUGCCUGGGGCUACAUCAAGUGCAGGAGUGAUAAGAGAGCACAGCUCACACAAAUGGCCGGGCAGUUCUUAGGAAAACAGAUCUUAAAACAGGCUGUUGACAACACAUUCAAAACUGAAGAGACAUUCUAGUGAAGCACAAAACAUUGAACACUGCACAUUUCAAUUAAAUAUAUAAAAAUAUUUACAUAACGUACGUUUGUUGUACAAUGAAACAUUCAAUAAUAAUUAUAAUUAUUUCAACGAA